AGUAUGGGAAGGAGUAACUUCUUUGUUGACAGUACCCAGGCAGCCUGUGUGGGAGGCAGAUUUUAACAUUUGGUGUUCCUCACCCCCUCAUUUUUUAAGGGGAAAAAACCUCUUAAGUAUCUUGGAAUCAACGUUUCCCUUUAGGGCAUCGGUCCAGCCGGCUCAGGACGACUUCCUGAGUUUAUCGGCCGUACGCUCUCGUCCACGUUAGCUCCGGCGCCUCACAGGGUUCGGUUACAGUCGCAGUUUCAGAGCCACAAACUCUGACGAAUGCUUCCCAUGUUUUCCGACUGAUGUUCCAGCGUGUUCCCUUCAAAGCUCCCCACCCCCAUCCCAUCGUUUUCUUUUUUUCCUGUUCCUGCGUGCAUGCAAGCUUUUAUAGACAACAGGUCACUUCUUUUUUUUUUUCCCGUCCCUCCUCCUGCUGCUCCAGUUAUCCACAGUCUGCUCUGGUGUUCAUAGACCUACUGAGGCUCAGCUUUUUUAUCCGUCUUCCUCCUCACGCUGAACAGAUGAGCUGCUUUUUCGGGAGGCUUCCAUGCUUUUUGUGGAAAUGCGAAGACUUUCGGUGUCUGUGAUGGAUUCUUCAAACACAGAGUCACUAAGGAUUGUUCAGAGCUUUAUCCAGAGGACAGAAUCACAGACAGAAAUGCUGGAAGUGGCCUCUGAACAGAGAACAUGGGAACAUGUUCACUGCGCCUGUUGACUUUGACUUGAUUAUAAACUUUGGAGUAAGCAUCUUCUCAUCCUUUUUGGUAAAAGGCCAAGGAUUACUUUUCUUUUGGCAAACUCCAAGGUGGAUUGGAAUCAACACUUGCUGCUCAUUACCUCCAAGAUAGCUUCUGCACAUUCUCUUUGGCAAGAAACUUGGUCCAAUUAUAAAGCUUUUUUUUAGUUUGUUUGGCGAGACUUCAAGCAGAGAAAAACAUGCAGCUUUAGAGAAGUUAUGGAUUAAAAUCUGUCUUAACUGCCUGGAUUUAUCUCCUUAAACCUUCAAAGGCUUUGUAGAUGGUGUGAGUUUUCUCUGGCAAUGGAGUGUCGUAAGAGAAAAAGACCGAGCGAGUCUUAUGGUCACUCAGACAAAGUCGGUGACAGAAGAUCACCUGCUGGGACGGCGUUCGGGUCAAAAGGGUCCAGCCGAGUGCAAGAGGGAGUCUGCCUGCCGGGAACAUCCGCCACCUUUUCCGGUUCAGGGACUCUGGUCUGGUGGCCUUGGGAACCUUGUGUUACCACGACAACGGGACUGUUAAUGGCAGUUGUGCUGGCGGUGGCACAGGCCUGGUGCGUCAAUGCCAUUCAUGAGAAUCUGCUGUGGUUCUCUCAGCUUAUGGAAGUGGAGCGUGAAAUCUCCUUUCGGACAGAAUGUGGGCUGUACUAUUCCUACUACAAGCAAAUGUUACAGGCGCCUUCCAUCCAGGAGGGUCUGUUAGAAAUGAUCCACGACAACCUGACAGAAUCCAGGAGGACCAUCAAUCUCCUACAGCGGAUGAACAUCUACCAAGAGGUGUUCCUCAGCGUUCUCUACAGAUUGUUGCCCAUAAAGACGUACCUGGAGCCGGUGUACUUCUACAUCUACACCGUCUUCUCGCUCCAGGCUGUGUAUGUGAUAGCCCUGUACCUCACAGCAUGGCUGCUGUCUGGUUCCUGGCUCGCCGGGGCGCUCGCCGGACUUUGGUACAUUCUCAACAGGGUGGAUACCACGCGGGUGGAGUUCACCAUCUCCCUCCGCGAGAACUGGUCUUUGCCCUUUUUAGCUCUGCAGGUCGCUACAAUCACCUGUUACCUCCGACCUCAGCUCACCUCCUUCCAGCAGAAGGUGAUGGUGUGGCUGAUGUACGUGACCACCUUCUGCUUCUGUCUGACCUGGCAGUUUAACCAGUUCAUCCUGCUCGUCCAGGCUCUCAUCAUCUACACUCUGGACUGUGUGGACCUCCUGACCACCACUCAGGUCACCACCCUGUACCUGGUUCAGGUGAGCGGCCUGCUGAGCGUCUGGCUCCUCCAGUUCUUUAACUCCAUGAUUCUGGGGUCCCUGGUCCUGAGCUUCAUCGUGGCUGCGCUCUUCGUCAGACAUUGCCAGACUGAUCUGAAGGUAGGAGGCCUUCUGGUUCGUCUGAGCAAAAUUCUCCUCCACAGUGUUUUGGUUUUCCUUCUGACCUUCACCAUCAACUACCUGACAAAGAAAGCGCUGCAGGUCAGAUCAGACGAACACAUUUUUAAAUUCAUCAAGUCAAAGUUUGCCUUGAGGCCUACAAGGGAUUUCGAUGCCAGUCUUUAUCUGUGCGAGGAGGCUUUUGGCCUGCUCCCCCUGGACACUCUGGAGCGCCUGGCUGACACCCUGCUGCUGUACCCCUACGUCCCCACACUGCUGCUGCUCAGUGGCACGCUGGCAGUGGCAGCUUUCAGGAACCUCAGCUGCUCUGAGGGGGGGUCUGCAGAGGAGAAGAAAGGAGCGGCAGAGGCUUUCCGUUCAGAUGUGGCCUACAAUCUGCUGCACACGCUCCUCUAUGGCCUGGUGGCUUUCAGCACCAUGAGAAUGAAGUACAUAUGGACGGGCCACAUGUGUGCGGUUGCAGCUCACGGCGUGUGCAGCGCUGAGCUGUGGACUUUGCUCCUGCGCACCCUCCGAUGCAACUCCAGAACCUUGUUGAGGAUUGUCCGGUGUGCUGUCCCCCUGCUGAUCGUUGGCUUCCUAUAUUUCAAGUUCUGGCCCAAACUGAUGAACGAGCUGUCGGAGCUCCGGGAGUUCUACGAUCCAGACACGGUGGAGCUCAUGACCUGGAUCAGCACAAAGACCCCCAAGCAGGCGGUGUUUGCAGGCAGCAUGCAGCUUCUGGCCGGCAUCAAGCUGUGCACAGGCAGGGUUCUCACCAACCACCCACAUUAUGAAGACAAGGACCUCCGGGACCGAACCAGACAGGUAUACCAGGUGUACGCUCGUCGGUCUCCAGAGGAAGUGUACGGGAUCCUGAGGGCGGCGGGGGCCGACUACGUGGUGCUGGAGAACAGCAUCUGCUACGAGCGGAGGCACAGGCGAGGCUGCAGACUGCGGGACCUGCUCGACCUGGCCAACGGACAUAUCAUGGAUGGACCAGGAGAGAACGACCCAGACCUCACGCCCGCCGAGCACCCCCGUUUUUGCGAGGCCAUCCAGACAGACGGCGCCGCUUACACCGCGCUCUUCAGCAGAACCUUCCAGAACAAAACCUUCCACGUGUACCGGCUCAAGAAGAAGCGCCGGAAAACUCCCAGGAGCCCAGCAGAGCCGGCCGCGACGCCGUAGCUGGGGAGGGCGGCCCGACAAACUCACCCCAGCUUUCAUCCCAACCAUUUUGAUGUGACCGGCAGCUCUGUGAACUCUGCUGUGUGGGGGGCUGAACCUUCAGGUGUGUGUUUCUGUGUGUGUGUGUGUGGGGGGGGGGGGGGGGGUAUCUUUUCAUCAGUGUCGAAAGAAAACAGAUCUUUAUGGUUUUAAGGGUAAAAGUGGCUGAAGCUCCGACUUACUUUACGCCAUAGUGGAGUGUAGAUGUUAUGGAUUACUUUGAAUUGAAAGUUUUUGAGGUAAUAGAUUACAUCCAUACGUAGAAGAUGUUUAGUUGAUGUUAAAAUGCAGACAGAAGCAGGUAGAACCUUCCCGUUCCACCUUAACCCAUAAGAACCACCGCUGACAUCAGUGGAACAGAAAAAUGGUCUAGAAGUCUCUGCAGUCCGAUUCUGUGUCAUGGAAACACAAAAUAUGUGUCUGACUUCUCAGCAGGUGAACUCCUGCUGGUCAAACGUCUCACGAGGUUUCCAUGUAGAGGAACUGUAGAGGAGCCGAGCUGUGGUGGAUCCUUUAACUCCCUGUAACUUUGUGUUCCUCCCUGCUGAGCAGCUCCUUCUAGAAUCAUGACAUUAGGCGCUUGAACUCUGGGAGGUCAGAGGCCCUCGCAGAAGGACUACUUCUCCCAGAAACCAUCACAAGUUUGACUCCAGAAUGGAGUUAGUGGAACGUUUAGUUUUUAUACGGCCACCCAAAUUGGUACGUGUCAAAAAUUCCAUCAUAUUAUUGACAUGUCGAGGCUUUGUGGAGAACAUGUGGAAUAUGUACUGGAAAACAUGUGGAGGAGAUGUAGAGGGCGUGAGGAUGGUGCCAUUAUGACUUAAAAUCUGACGACAACAAAAAAGUCAUCUAGUCUGAUUCCAGCCAAUUUACAGACCCGAGUCUUUAAAAAUCAAGUUUUACCCUAAUCAGUGUUCCCAUGGCAACCUUCAAAACAUGGCAGAUUAAAGGACCCGGUCAGUGUGACCAGCACCAGUCCAUUAUCUGCCCCCUCCACUGCUCUGGGGCUCAGGUUGUGGGGGGAACAGUCUCAGCAAGGAUUCCCCGAUGCUUUAUUGUCCAUUACAGUGAUUGGCGCCGCUGCUGUAGAAACAAACCGCGAUUUAGUGCUCAUAUUAUGAAGUCGUUUUCAAGAAAAAUGCCCCCAAACCACAAACUUUUGGGGGUUUGCGGCUUCAGUAGGUAAUCACUUUCAGAUUUCAAACAGCUGACGGGUCACGGCGUCUAUGCUGAGGUCAACGUGCGACAUCCUCCCCUCAGCGCUGCAGCUCUCUGUUCUGAUUGGAUUUAACUUCAGAUCAAAAGCAGCUCUGCAGUGACUCAGGGGUCAGAACGGCUCUCUGUGAACUCUGUGUUUUAUCUUCAUCGCCUGCAUGCCGCUCAGCGUCGACUCCUCCAUCAGCACCACCUUUGCUCUCUCCUCACAACAACCCUCAUGAAUAAUGGAAGCAGCUGGAAAAUAGUAGCGAGCUGAUUCUAUGCUGAAAUUCGGUGGAGAGGGGCAGCGCUUGCAUGUCAAACCCAGACUUUCUGUAAGAAAACCAGACGAUGAGAGCAGAGCAGAGAGGUAACAGCUGAUGAAAACUAUUAACUUUAUAUGAGAACUGAGACUCUGUCUCAAACAGGAAGCACCUUCGGGUUCCAAUAGACCAAAAUCCUGUAGAGAUCUAUAGAGAAAGAAACAGCUGAUACUCAGUCAUUCUAUUGGUCAGAAGAACUAUUCUUGAUCUGAUACCUUUAUUAACAAGUUCCAGAUGAUACUUUUUUUU